GCUCCGCAGCUCUCGCGGUGUUUGCGCGAGACUGCUUCCUUCCUUCCUCUCUUGCCAGUCCGCCCGUCUUCCUCCCCCUCCUCCCCGUUAGGCCUCCCCACCUUACCCCGCUGGCCCCCUCCCCGCAGGGAUAAUAUGGUCUCCGGCGAUGGACACCCCAAGUGCAGGAUACGCCUUUGAAUACCUUAUUGAAACAUUAAAUGACAGUUCACGUAAGAAGUUCUUCAAUGUAUCUAAACUUGGAGGCACCAAGUAUGACGUUCUGCCUUACUCAAUACGGGUCCUGUUGGAAGCUGCUGUACGAAAUUGUGAUGACUUUUUAAUGAAAAAGGAAGAUGUUAUGAACAUUUUAGACUGGAAAACCAAACAAAGCAAUGUUGAAGUGCCCUUUUUCCCUGCCCGUGUUCUUCUUCAAGAUUUUACUGGAAUACCGGCAAUGGUGGAUUUUGCUGCUAUGAGAGAGGCAGUGAAAAUUCUUGGAGGUGAUCCUAAGAAAGUCCAUCCUGCCUGUCCAACCGAUCUUACAGUUGACCAUUCUUUACAAAUUGACUUCAGUAAAUGUGCAAUACAGAAUGCGCCAAAUCCUGGAGGUGGUGACCUACAGAAAGCAGGAAAGCUCUCUCCACUUAAAGUGCAGCCUAAGAAGCUUCCCUGCAGAGGCCAGACUACCUGCCGAGGAUCAUGUGAUUCUGGAGAACUAGGUCGAAACUCAGGAACAUUUUCUUCGCAGAUUGAGAAUACACCCAUCCUGUGUCCUUUUCAUUUGCAACCAGUGCCUGAACCUGAAACAGUGUUAAAAAAUCAAGAAGUAGAAUUUGGCAGAAAUCGAGAGAGGCUUCAAUUUUUCAAGUGGAGUUCAAGAGUUUUUAAGAAUGUAGCUGUAAUCCCUCCUGGAACUGGAAUGGCUCAUCAAGUAAACUUAGAAUAUUUGUCAAGAGUGGUUUUUGAAGAAGAGAACCUCCUCUUUCCAGACAGUGUAGUUGGCACAGAUUCACAUAUAACGAUGGUGAAUGGUUUGGGAAUUCUGGGGUGGGGGGUUGGAGGCAUUGAAACAGAAGCAGUUAUGCUUGGUCUGCCAGUUUCUCUUACUUUACCAGAGGUGGUAGGAUGUGAGUUAACUGGGUCGUCAAAUGCUUUUGUUACAUCCAUAGAUGUUGUUCUUGGCAUUACAAAGCACCUCAGGCAAGUAGGAGUGGCUGGAAAGUUUGUUGAGUUUUUUGGAAGUGGAGUUUCACAAUUGUCUGUAGUUGAUCGAACUACAAUAACAAACAUGUGUCCAGAAUAUGGUGCUAUCCUCAGCUUUUUCCCUGUUGACAAUGUGACACUAAAACAUUUAGAACAUACAGGUUUCGACAAAGCUAAACUCGAAUCAAUGGAAACAUACCUUAAAGCUGUGAAAUUGUUUCGAAAUGAUCAGAAUUCUUCAGGAGAACCUGAAUACUCCCAGGUGAUCCAGAUUAAUCUGAAUUCCAUAGUUCCGUCUGUCAGUGGUCCAAAAAGACCUCAGGAUAGAGUUGCUGUGACAGAUAUGAAAGGUGAUUUCCAGGCGUGCUUAAAUGAAAAGGUUGGAUUUAAAGGCUUCCAAAUUGCAGCUGAAAAACAAAAUGAUAUCGUCUCUAUUCAUUACGAAGGAAGUGAAUAUAAGCUGUCUCAUGGAUCAGUGGUCAUUGCUGCAGUUAUCAGUUGUACCAAUAAUUGUAAUCCAUCUGUCAUGCUUGCUGCAGGUCUUUUGGCUAAAAAGGCUGUUGAAGCUGGUCUGCGUGUUAAACCUUACAUAAGAACAAGUUUAUCUCCAGGCAGUGGGAUGGUUACACAUUACCUCAGUUCAAGUGGAGUAUUACCAUACCUUAGUAAGCUUGGAUUUGAAAUAGUUGGCUAUGGAUGUUCAACGUGUGUGGGAAAUACAGCACCCUUAUCAGACGCAGUUUUAAGUGCAGUAAAACAGGGUGAUUUGGUUACCUGUGGAGUUUUAUCUGGAAACAAAAAUUUUGAAGGUCGCCUUUGUGAUUGUGUUCGUGCCAAUUAUCUUGCCUCUCCACCCUUAGUGGUAGCUUAUGCCAUAGCAGGCACAGUGAAUAUAGAUUUCCAGACAGAGCCUUUAGGUACUGACCCUGCUGGCAAAAACAUUUACUUGCAUGACAUUUGGCCUAGUCGAGAAGAAGUUCAUCAGGUAGAAGAAGAAUAUGUUAUACUAUCCAUGUUUAAAACAUUAAAAGAGAAAAUAGAGAUGGGAAAUAAACGGUGGAAUUCCUUAGAAGCACCAGAUUCAGUUUUGUUUCCAUGGGACUUAAAAUCUACUUAUAUCAGAUGUCCUUCAUUUUUUGAUAAACUUACCAAAGAGCCAGUUGCACUCCAGCGUAUUGAAAAUGCCCAUGUCUUACUCUACUUGGGAGACUCUGUCACGACAGAUCAUAUAUCACCUGCUGGAAGUAUCGCGAGGAAUAGUGCUGCCGCUAAGUAUUUGACAAACAGAGGCCUUACCCCUCGAGAAUUCAACUCUUAUGGAGCCCGAAGAGGUAAUGAUGCUGUGAUGACAAGAGGUACUUUUGCAAAUAUCAAGCUUUUUAAUAAGUUUAUUGGAAAGCCAGCUCCCAAAACAAUUCAUUUUCCAUCAGGACAGUCGCUAGAUGUGUUUGAGGCUGCAGAGCUGUACCAGAAAGAAGGUAUCCCGCUGAUUAUUUUAGCAGGAAAAAAAUAUGGUUCAGGAAACUCAAGAGACUGGGCUGCCAAAGGACCAUAUUUACUGGGUGUAAAGGCUGUUUUGGCUGAAAGUUAUGAAAAAAUACACAAAGAUCAUUUGAUUGGAAUUGGCAUAGCUCCACUUCAGUUCCUUCCGGGAGAAAAUGCAGAUUCCUUGGGCCUCUCUGGCAGAGAAACAUUUUCUUUAACAUUUCCUCAAGAACUGUCUCCUGGGAUUACAUUAAAUAUGCAGACAAGCACUGGAAAAGUAUUCAGCGUGAUUGCUUCGUUUGAAAAUGAUGUGGAAAUAACAUUGUAUAAACACGGAGGAUUAUUAAACUUUGUGGCACGAAAAUACUCAUAGUAUCUACUCACCAUGGAUACCUUUCAUAACUGGUAACUGCAAAGCCCUUUGUGCUGGACCCAGGAAUCCUUACCAUGGAGCUGCAGAUAGUCCCAGUAUACUCACUUAUCUCAUCCAUGGAUGUAAAUGAUUAUGAAUCAACAUAGUGACUGAAAUGAAAUCUUCUUGAUUUUAAAUAAUAUACGAAUGGUGCUAUUAACAUUGCUAAAAUCAACGUGUGAAGUGUGUUGUGGAAGAGACCUGUAAGUAUGGGUGGGGGGGAUAUUUUAUCAGACCAUUUUGUAAAUAAAGGCAGAAUUUGAACUUGUGUUGAAGAUUCUUAUAUGAGUAGCCUUCCUGAAGUUGUUUGUUUAGUUUUGCACCUAUAAAACUGUACUACUGUUUGUUGGUUAAGAGUAUCAGAUUGAAAUAUAAGAAGCCAGAUUAAGACUCUAAAAUUAUGGACAUCAGAAUCUGAUUUAUAAAUGGACUUUUAUUGAUUCCUUUUCAGAAUUCAGCUGGACACAUUUGGCAUUCUUAGUUUGUCAUAUAAGCCAGGUUUAUCCUCAGUCUCAGUCUAACUACAAGGGAUAAAACCUGCCCCAGAUCACAAUCAUUCUGUCCAACAAUCCAGCCAGGGUUUCCUCCACAUCUGAAGAUGGACCAUGGCAGAAUACAACUGAUUGUGUGGUACCAUGUAUUAGCAUUGGAAAUAUGUAUCACAUAUGGUGCAGCCUUUAAUUUUUCAGUAAUUUGCCACUGUGACCCUCUGGCAAGCCUCAAAUGGCAUUAUAUUAUAAUUGGAUUAGAUUAUUUUGCUUACCUUAUGUGAUACUACAGUUUCCCGUAACCUAAUAUUUUAGAUAUUAUUAACCAAAAUUCCACACUCAUUUUAUAGUUGAUAAAGAGAACUCAUUUAGUCAUUAAACUCUAAACUGAUUUUCUCUAGACUUCUAAAUUAUCCAUCCUAAAUUAUAUAGGUGCUCAACCGUAAGCAUUUUUUAAAUGUUGCUGUUUCUUAAUUAAAUUGAUUUCCUGUCA